AGUAGAGCCUCUUCGUCUAUCCUCCCACUCGCUGUCGACCCUCGAGGACUACUUGCAUGUCGGUUUUACUUGAGACAUCUGUCGGCGACCUGGUCAUUGAUUUAGAAGUGGAAGCAUGUCCGAAAACAUGCGAGAACUUCCUCAAAUUGUGUAAAGUGUACUACUACAACCUUCAUGCCUUUUUCAACGUUUCCAAGGACUUUUUAGCACAAGCAGGCGAUCCUACCGCAACUGGAACCGGAGGGGAGUCAAUAUGGUCUCUCAUUGCGUCACAGUCCUCUUCCAACGCGUCUGCAUCUCGAUAUUUCACCCCAGAACUACUUCCGAGGCUCAAGCAUACACAUAAAGGGACUGUAUCUAUGGCAGUAGCUCCCGGAGUUCAAGGUGGUGAACAAGGGGGCUGUGGCAGCCAAUUCUUCGUCACGCUUUCGGACAACAUCGACUACUUGGACGGCAAACAUGCUGUGUUCGGCCAUGUUGUUGAAGGAAUGGAUACCUUGGAUAAACUAAAUGAUGUUUUCACGGACCAGAGCGGGCGGCCGUUGAAAGAUGUACGAAUCCGACACGUCGUUAUCUUAGACGACCCGUUUCCUGAUCCUCCUGGCUUGGUCCAGCCGUCUUCUCCUCCUACACGACCGCCAGAUAAUUCAAACCGUAUCGCGGAGGACGAGGAUCCGCUAUUCCAACUACCUGAAGAAGAGGAGGAGCGCAUCAGGCGUGAAAAGGCAGCUGCGGCAUCAGCAUUAACUCUUGAGAUGGUUGGAGACCUGCCGUUUGCCAAUGUUCGCCCGCCGGAAAACGUGUUAUUCGUGUGCAAGCUCAACCCCGUAACUCAAGACGAGGAUCUAGAGUUGAUAUUUUCUCGGUUCGGAACUAUUAUGAGUUGUCAGGUUAUCCGAGACAAGAAGACGGGAGAUUCGCUACAGUAUGCAUUUGUAGAGUUUGACAAGCGUGAGGAUGCUGAACAGGCAUACUUCAAGAUGCAAAACGUUCUUGUCGACGACCGACGUAUAUGGGUCGAUUUCUCGCAAUCCGUGGCCAAAUCAAACAACGUUUGGUCAAACAAUAUCACGCGAGGUCUAAAGUACAGCAAAGGAGGCAGUGGGUUUGGUGGGCGUGAUGAUCUUGUGAAGACGCAGAGAUACCGCGAUAGUGAGGGCGGCCAUGACAGGCAUGGAUAUGGGAUGGUGUUCGACGUGCCAUCUGGUGGGAGUGAUCACCGCCGACGUCGAAGCAGAAGUCGGGACAGAGACCGUCGUCGGUCCCAAAGUCCCAACAGACGUCACCGCGACUCAGAUCGUGACCGUGACCGACGACGACGACACUAAUGAAUUGACUGAAUCCUUGCUACCACCGUCACCAUCAUGUUGUCGCACACAC